UAUAUAAAUUUAAGUUUUAAAGCAUGGCGAUGGCUGAAAAAAAGAACGAAUACCCCCCGGGAGUGGAAGCGGAUCGUAGGCUAUUGCCAUUCGUGACUUGGGAGGAGUAUUUAGAUUCUUUGAUAGAUAUCGCUGACCUGAGGAACCUGAGAAGCACAGCUGCUGCGAGGACGGUAGCUGCGCUUGGUUACAGAGCGAACGGCGAUACUCUGUCGGAAAAGGAGUUCUACACCCGCCGUGCUGUCAUAAAUGAGAUCGUGUAUCCAACUGUUAAAGCCUACGUGCUGGUUAGCGAAGGUGUAGUUAUCGAUGAUCCUUUCAGUAGGGAACUAGCUAUUAGAGAACGAGCCAACAGGGUCGGGAUUUUACAGUCCAUUAUAUUCAUUCGACACUUCACAAAAGGGGGCUUCGAAAUAUCCGGUUACAUAGAUUACGCACAUCGCUUGGUCUCGGAGAACUGGGCUCAGUUCUUCAGAUCGAAGAAGAUGCUUUGGCCCAGAGAUAAAGACCUGGGAUAUUAUCAUUGGCGUCACGGAACCGUUAGGAGCAACAUCAGCAGAAAUUAUAAGCCACUUAUGGAUCCGGAUAGAGGGUUAUUAUUUCAAAACAGACACGAUCACAAAAUCAUAUGUCCAGAUCCCCAACAAGACCCAGGGCAGAAUACAACGAAGACCAGGAUAUACUCACCUAGAUAUACCCAAGUAGAAAUAUACGAUCAUGUCGUAAGACGAAAAACAUAA